UUCCAGCGGCAUAGGAACGGACGGUCCUGGCUGUGUUUCUGGGGGAGCAUUUUCAAACGAAACAUACAACUUCUGACGUUUUUCGGACAAACAGUAGCUAAGUCAGCAAAGUCAGUCAGUGUUGCUGUUGUUUUUUUGAAACUCAGAAUGUUGGUGAACGUUGACUCUGGGACGUUUUGGUAGCCUGUUUCCGUGGAUGUUUUCAUGGUUAGGACCAUGGAGCGCUCAGCCAGCAUUAAUGCUGACCAACCCCAGCAGCCUGGUAAUAAUGGUUGUUGCGUUAAAUGGCGCAACUGGUGGGGCUUUUGGCUCCUUGGACUUUGCAACAACUUUGCUUAUGUGGUCAUGCUGAGUGCGGCUCACGACAUCCUUGAAAAGCAAGAAUCAAAAAACUCAACAGUGACUGCUUCAGAUCAGCUGGCUGUGGGCUUCCGAGCUGGAAACAGUAGGAACAGUAGUCGGUACGACUGCAGUCCUGUCAGCACCGGGGCUGUGCUUCUGGCUGACAUUCUUCCAACACUCUUCAUCAAGAUUUUAGCUCCCUUUGUGAUCCACAAAGUACCCUAUGGUUUUCGGGUGCUGUUUUGUGUCGCUAUGGCAGCAGCAAGUUUCCUGCUUGUUUCCUUUUCCUUCGCUGUGUGGCUAAGUAUUGUUGGAGUGAUCUUUGCCAGUAUAAGCUCUGGGCUGGGGGAACUAUCAUUCCUGUCACUCAGUGUCUUCUUCAACAGGAAUGUUCUGGAAGGCUGGGGUUCUGGGACUGGUGCUGCUGGUGUUGCUGGUUCCCUUCUCUAUGCAGGCCUCAUCCAGGCACAUCUGUCCCCCCGGACAACACUGCUCAUCAUGUUAAUUGUUCCGUUUGCAAUGCUAGCUAGCUAUUUCUUUCUGCUGGUUCCUGAACCUUCUCUACCUCAGUGGAGCAGGUCGGAGACAGAGUGUCCACCUGUGGACUCGGAGGAACGACAGCGACUGAUGGAUGAAUUAGAAGAUGACCUGGAGACAUCAGCUCCAGAGGACAGGACCAUGGGACCGGUCACCCUGCAGGAGAAGUUAGCUGUCACCAAGGGCUUGUUACCGUUUGUUAUUCCUCUGGGACUGGUCUACUUUGCUGAGUACUUCAUCAACCAAGGCUUGAUGGAGCUCCUGUUUUUUCACAACUCUUCCUUAUCGCAUGCGGAACAGUAUCGCUGGUACCAGACCUUGUACCAGGUUGGUGUGUUUGUGUCCCGAUCCUCUCUGCGUUUGAAAAAGUUCAGGAAAACCUGUAUUUUCUCGCUACUGCAGAUGGUGAAUGCAGUAUUCCUCAUCUUUGCUGUGCUCUUCCAGUUUCUGCCCAGCAUCUGGAUUGUCUUUGGUAUCAUUCUCUAUGAAGGUCUGCUAGGAGGAGUGGCCUAUGUAAACACCUUCCACUUCAUCAGCAAGGAGACUGAAAGCAGAUACAGAGAGUUUGCCAUGGCAACGUCCAGUGUGGGAGACAGUCUGGGAAUAGCUCUGGCUGGAGCUGCAGCUUUCCCCACACAUAGCUACUUCUGUUCCCUGUGACGAAGAAUAACCAACAUAGAGCAGGACUCUAUGUCAACAAUUUCUUUAAAGAUUGGGACUUAGAAUAAAAUGCAUAACUCUUUCAUAAAAAUCCUCAUCUACACAUAAAGAAUUCCCUCUGAAUUCAGCAGCACCAAUUGGUGAAUCCUCUGCAGUUGAGAAGAAAACUUUCAUCAGCAGUGCUUCCCAGAACUGUUCAGCUUCCAACCCACAAAAUACCAGUGAAAGAGGCUGGUAGUGACAGCAGACAAUGUAUCCACUUGGAUCUGUUUUUAUUCACUCAUAAGUACUGAUUUUAUCUGUUUUGAUAUUUAUAGCUAAAAAUACUAUACCAUAUUCUUUUAUUUAGUUCUAUUUUUAAGGGGAUCUCAGGACAUUUGAGGAUUCACAAGUCCAGAUGGAAAUACUGACAACGUUGAGAACCUCUGCCUUAUAUUGUGUCUGCUCCAUAAAACAAAUUUAAGAAACUCAUUAAAUAAUAUGUUUCUACCCAGA